UUGCCUUUAACUUCCGGUCAGUCUUGUGGAACACACGCGGAUACUUAGGCUGUAGUGUUCUGGUUAAAAUAAUUGUUUUUCUGUGUUUAAUAUUUAAAAAGGUGCAUAUAAUUAGUUAAUAAUGUCAGCUAAUAGUGCGCCAGAUUCGUGGGAGCAACAAGCUGACAUUACGCCUAGCGAACAAAGUGGACAGAAUGAACCAGUCGAUCUGUCGGCAAAAUUUUCCACGUUGAAUGUUAAUGCAGUGGAGUUUGUGCCUUCGUAUUGCAUACCAUCAUCACAAGGAGACCCAGAGGAAACAUCUGCAAAAUCAGAAAAAUCAGACAGUGGACCACCAUCGAACGAUCAAAGCCCUGUAUUAAAUGGUAUGUACUUAAUAUAUGAUAAAAAUGUGAUUCAUAAUGGAAGAACUUUGGAAGCUGGUGACACGGCAGAGGAGCCUCCACCGCUACCGGGAGCAGGUGGGGGCGUAUCAUCAGCCCCGGGUAGUUCGCCCGCAGGUGGUCCUGUUGAUAGUUGGGAUGCCGAUACAGAUGAACCAUUAUUAACACCAGAUCAAGAUGAGGAAGAAUUAGAUGUUGAAGAUACUGAAACGCCGGCAAAAACAAUGAAGAAAAAACCACCAAAAGCUGAAGAAACAAAAAGUAAAAGGGAACAUAUUAAUGUUGUCUUUAUAGGACAUGUUGAUGCUGGAAAAUCAACAAUUGGUGGUCAAAUUAUGUCCUUAACUGGAAUGGUAGACAAAAGAACCUUAGAAAAAUAUGAAAGAGAAGCAAGAGAAAAGUCUCGUGAAUCAUGGUACCUUUCGUGGGCUUUAGAUACUAACCAAGAAGAACGAGAGAAAGGAAAAACUGUAGAAGUUGGAAGGGCCUAUUUUGAAACUGAAAGAAAGCAUUUUACUAUAUUAGACGCACCGGGACAUAAAAGUUUUGUACCAAAUAUGAUUGGUGGAGCUGCUCAAGCUGAUCUCGCUGUUUUAGUAAUUUCUGCAAGAAAAGGUGAAUUUGAAACGGGAUUUGAUCGUGGUGGUCAAACUCGAGAACAUGCUAUGUUAGCUAAAACAGCCGGCGUUAAACAUUUAAUUGUCCUUGUUAACAAAAUGGAUGAUCCCACUGUUGAAUGGGAUGAAAAUAGAUACAACGAGUGUAAAGAUAAAAUUUUACCGUACCUUCGAAAAUUAGGUUUUAAUCCAGCUAAAGAUCUGACAUUUAUGCCUUGUUCGGGACAAACUGGUCAAGGAUUAAAGGAACAAUUGGAUGAGAAAUUAUGUCCGUGGUACAGAGGACCAGCAUUUAUUCCAUUUAUUGAUCAAAUGCCGUCAUUAAAUCGUAAAAUGGAUGGACCAUUUAUAAUGCCUGUUGUAGACAAAUAUAAGGAUAUGGGUACCGUAGUAAUGGGAAAAGUUGAAGCUGGAGAAGCUAAAAAAGGGCAAUCAUUGUUACUCAUGCCCAAUAGAACACCUGUUACUGUCGAUCAACUUUGGUCUGACGAUGAAGAAGUAACUGCUGUAGGACCUGGUGAAAAUGUUAAAAUCAAAUUAAAAGGUAUUGAAGAAGAAGAUGUUAGUCCUGGUUUUGUAUUAUGUGACGCAGCUACUCCAAUUCGUACUGGUCGAGUGUUUGAUGCUCAAUUGGUUAUUUUAGAACAUAAGAGUAUUAUAUGUGCGGGUUAUUCAGCUGUUAUGCACAUACAUUGCGCUGCCGAAGAAGUUACUGUUAAAGCCUUAAUAUGCCUCGUUGACAAAAAAACUGGUGAAAAAUCAAAAACGAGACCACGUUUUGUGAAACAAGAUCAAGUAGCAAUUAUGAGGAUAGAAUGUGCAGGUGUAAUUUGUCUGGAACAAUUUAAAUUGUUUCCACAAAUGGGCCGUUUCACGCUCAGAGAUGAAAAUAAAACAAUUGCCAUUGGCAAAGUCCUCAAAGUUAUCGAAUAAGUAUGUUAACUAGAAUAAGCUAGACUAGAAUAUUUCUACGACUACGACAUUUUAAUAUGAUGAAACAAAAAUAAAAAAAUAAAUAAAAAAUAAAAAUAUAUUACAAUAUAAGUGAAUUGUUGGCAGACGACGUGUGUGUUGCUGUCAGAAUAACGAUCUAACAAAAAUAAAAUCUGUUUUUAAGAGGUCGUGUACAUAUGCAGUCAGUCAGUGCUAUAAACAAAAACAAAACAUAAAUACAUAACAUACACCCGCCAAGUACUGUCGAAUCCGUCGACCAAAAAACAAAUCAAUUUUUAUUAUUCAAUUUUUGUGUAUUAAAAAAAUUCUGACAAAUUUCAUUUUUCUCAAUUGCUACUGCAAGGAAUUUAAAAAAAAACAAACAAACUAUUGUGCAUAUGAAAUAUGAUCUUAACCGAGUAAUUACACUGCUUUGUAGGGGAUGGAGAUGACGGAUGAAAGAUACGAACAGAAAAACAGGCGUGUAAUUUGGGCAUAUAUUUUAUUCUAUUCAUAUUGGUAUAAUAUAAGUAAGAACGAAUCUUAUUUUUUUAAAAGCGCGUAUCUUAAAAGAAGAUCAUCAAUUUUGAUUAAUUAAUUUAUUAAAAAAUGUUUUAUAUUAAAGAUUUUUCAUACGAUAAAAAAAUAUUUGUUAUCCAAUAAAUAAUUAGAAUUAGAAUGAGAAAAUCGCAUCUAAAUACUUGCGUCAAUAAAUAUUUAUAAAUAAAAAACUCUACCCCUUCUAUUUAAAAAAAUAU